GGUGAUGUGGAUGAGCAUAAUAAAGCCAGCUCCCAUUCUCUGGCAAACACACAACAGAGGUUUUGGUGUCCUAGCCUAAAGCUGCUGAAUUACAGUUGUGUGUACUCUCAUUGACACUUUGAGCAUCAUGAAGAUUACAGACAGUCAUAUGAUCAGGUUUCACCUUAGAGCCAUUCAUGGGAUCGCUGUAAAGAGUUGUGAGAAGAAAAUGAAGAGACCAUUCAUAGGUAGUAGAAAGAUGUUUGGGGUUCCUCUUGAGAAUUUACCAAGACGCUACAUUCCUGAGUUUGGACUGGUGCCAUGCUUUUUGGUAGAUGCUUGCUUAUGCCUUCUGGAGCGAGCUGGAACUGUGGGCCUGUUCAGAAAACCAGGCUCUCUUCCUCGCAUUAAGACCCUCAGGUUCUGUUUCCUGGUUUCAGGCUAAGCUGAAUCGUGGUGAGGGGUGUCUAUCCACAGCCCUCCCCUAUGAUGUGGCCAGUCUCAUCAAACAGUUUUGCAGGGAGCUUCCAGAGCCCCUGUUUCCCUCUGAGCUACAUGAUGCCUUGCUCAAGGCCCAGGAACUGCCCACUCUGCAGGAGAGGACCUCGGCCAUCCAGCUGCUGUCCUGCUUACUUCCUGCAAGAAACGCCUCCUGCCUGCACUACCUCUUUAACUUCCUCUCCAAAAUCUCCCAGAGAUGUGCUGACAACUUGAUGACCAGCUCUAACCUUGCUGUAGUCUUCACUCCAUGCCUCCUGCCGCCUCCCAACAAGGCAGAGAUGUCUGAAGACCGCCUUGAACUUCGAGUUCUCGUGCUACGCACCUUCAUCGAGAAUCCUCACUUAUUUGGUGUGAUUCCUAAGGCUGUAAUGGAUAGUAUGGAAUUUGUGACAGAUUUCCACCUCCUACAAGACCCACACACUAAAAAAAGGAAUAGAAGGAGGCGCAGUCUACAUGUGACACCAUCUGACAAGACUGGGCCCUGGACUCCUGUGAGGUCAAAGGCAGGGACUCCGUCAGUCUCUGAGCAGAAUCAGGCAUCCAGGUCUUCAACCAAACAGUCCCUGAGGAGGAGUAAAGGUCUUGAAAACUUCCCCAGUGUCCUGCCUUAUAGGAUCUACACAGAUCAAAGUUUCAGCCCAGAGACAGCUUUCAGGGACAUAAGUAGCCCUGUCAAUAAAGAGGCAUGCAGGACUCCUUAUGAGAGAUUCAAAAGAAAAUUGUGUGCCAUUGGCGGUUUGACCAAGUUCACCAGAGGACAAGACACAGGCAGCUCUCCUGUGCCCGCUGGUGAGGGAAGAACACACCAAACUGCUUGGAGAAGACGCUCCACCUGAAUGUUGGCCCAUAUUCAUACAGUACCUUAAAAUGUAGCUGUGGAUACAAGAGCAGUUUCCCUUUUUAUGUCAUUUUUAUUAUUUUUCAUGUGAGGUGGCACUCAUCAGUAGUCCCAUGCCAGGACAUUAUAUAGCAAGACAUAUUCAUGUCGUAUUUUAACAUGUUUUAUGUAUUCAUGAUUACUGUGUUCAUUUUUUUUUUUUUUUUUUUUUUAUACAGUAAAUUAUUCUGUGCAACAAAGCUUUGCUAUGUAAUUUACCAUCCAGUGAAUAAACAGCCUAUUUUAAAUUA